CCUUAGUUGGGGAGCUUAGGAGCUGCUUUAAUGAUGUGCUUGCAAAAAUGGUACCGGAUGCCAAUGUUCGAAAAAAGAUUGAUCAACAAUCUGUGCUCUAUGAGCAACAGCGAGAAAGCUUUUCUAAUCCAUUGGCACUCGAGACCAUGAGCACAAGAAACCCUCUUGAUUGGUGGAGUUCAUUUGGUGGUCGGGCCAUUGACCUACAAAGGUUUGCAAAGUGCAUUGUUAGUCUUUGUGCUUCAUCAUCUGGUUGUGAGAGGAAUUGGAGCACGUUUGAAUUUAUCCAUACAAAGAAAAGGAACAGAUUACAAUGGAAAAGGUUGAAUGAUCUUGUCUUUGUUUCAUACAACCGGAAGAAUAUGCAACGGUUUCAAAAGAGGCGUGAGAAGGUGGGCGAGAAUAGCUUUGAGGCUUUGGUCAUUGAGGAUUUUGAUUGGGGCAAUGAGUGGGUGGACCCAUCACUAUCACAACCUCAAGGUGCUCGAGGUUGUCCUGAAGACAAUCAAGACAUUACAUGGGAGGAUGUUGAUGUGGCUAUUGGUGCAUCUUCAAACCUUCGAGGCCGCAAUCUGCAUAGGACAGCAACUACACUUCGUAGGGGCCAGACAAAUGUCCGUCUGCACUACGCGCGCAAGAGACCUACUACAACACGACCUAUAAUUCCUGAAGAAGAUGAGGUAGAGGAGGACUUGGAGCAAGAGCAACACUCAAGUAUGCCCAAUGCGGAGGGGGAGGAUUCAGACUACGUUGAGGAUGAUGAUGUGAGCAAUGACGAUCAAGAGCCAACUAAUGUUGACCAAGAUGGUGAAGACAACACCAAUGCCAAUGAGUUUGAUGAUGAUGACUUUUGAUUGAGACUUUGAGAGUGGAGAGACAUGAGAGAGCUGAGCUGGCCACCUUUAUCCCUUUUGCUAUGCUGGAAUUAUCUAU